AUGGUCGACGGGCCAGAUAAUACCAAUGGCUCAGGCUUAGGCUCGGGCUCAGGCUCGGGCUCGGGCUCAAGUGCUACUCGCAAGCUGCCCUUCUUUCGCAGCUCCAAUGGACCUCUCGCACGCCGCCGCGCAUCCACAGUACACACUCAUCGCAUCAUACGGUCCUUGUUAUAUCUCCUCGCCUGGAUCUUUGUCCUUCUCGUCUGCAUUGGCAACCUCUCCAACAAGCCAGUCUUGCGCAGUACCUACUUUAUGUACCUCGACUUAACAGACAUUAUUCCCGUCUCCGUGCCCAAUGCCGUCCUCAUUAACUCCAUCGCUCGUUCAAUCGGCCUUCACGACUUCUACCAGGUCGGUCUGUGGGGGUUCUGCGAGGGUUACAAUAACGCGGGCAUCACCGGCUGCUCCAAGCCUAAGUCCCUUUAUGCAUUCAACCCUGUCGAAAUUAUCUUGGACGAGCUGCUUGCUGGUGCUAGUAUUGCCCUCCCCAGUGAUAUCCAGGAUCCUCUCAAUCUAGCCCGGACUGCAUCCCACUGGAUGUUCGGCCUCUUCAUUGCCGCCGCUGUCUUCAAUUUCGUCAUGAUAUUCCUCAGCCCAUUAGCCGUAUCCUCGCGACCUCCUCAAACAAUUAAACUCUGGGCUGCUGCCAGUACUGACGGCACGCAAAUCACCCCCGCUGGUCAACCCCCGCACCGCCGCCGCACUUUCAUCUGGCUGCGCUCUUUACCCAUGCUCAUCUUCGCCUUUUUCACCGCCCUCGUCACCAUUGUCGCAUCCGCCGUGGCAACCGUCAUGUUCGAGAUCUUCUCCCACGUCUUCACCAAUGCUGACCCCAGCUUGAACAUCCACGCCCAUGUCGGCACCCAAAUGCUGGCCUUUAUGUGGAUUGCCUCGGGCUUCAGUUUGAUCGCUUUCAUCGUCCAGUUCGGCUCCUGCUGCGCGUCCUGCUGUGGCGGUCACAAGGCGCGCAAGCAGCUGAAGUCUCAGGGCAUCAACUGGCGCGAGAUGGAGAAAACUGCCGCUUUGGAGCCUUCGAAUGGCCGGUCGACUUCCGUUGAUCGUGCAAGACAGCAUGUCGAGCCUCACGCUGUCACAACAAACUAA